CUCACUUUUCUCUAUAUAUCUUGUUUUUCCAAGCUUGAUAAAUCAUCACCGAUUCUGUAAAUUGGGAUUUAGGGUUCGUAGCUUCCUCCUCUAAGCUUCACUCACCUGCUCCUUCAGGUUAUCCGCCUCUAAUCUAGGCUUUGCCCUCAAGCAGACUAGAGAGUCAUGGUGAGGACAAGGCCAAACAUAUUGGUGACGGGCACGCCAGGAACUGGGAAGACAACAACAUCGUCCGCCUUAGCAGAGGCAACGCAGCUCCGCCACAUCAAUGUGGGUGAUUUGGUGAAAGCGAAGAAUCUUCAUGACGGCUGGGAUGAUGAGCUAGACUGUUACGUCAUCAAUGAAGACCUGGUAUGCGAUGAGCUUGAGGAUACAAUGGAGGAAGGAGGGAACAUAGUGGACUACCAUGGUUGCGAUUUCUUCCCCGAGAGAUGGUUUGAUCUUGUGGUUGUGCUUCAGACUGACAACACUGUCUUGUAUGACCGUUUGACUCGAAGAGGGUAUUCGAAUUCGAAGCUCUCCAACAAUAUUGAAUGUGAAAUAUUUCAAACUCUGCUCGAGGAGGCAAAGGAGAGCUACCCUCAGGAUAUCGUGAUUCCUUUGAAGAGUGAUAGUAUUCAAGACAUUUCGACAAAUCUUACGACUUUGACGGACUGGGUCACGAGGUGGCAACCAUCAUCAACUUAGUUUCCCAUAUCACAGUUUUUCCUUGAAGCUGCAUGCUGCGUCAAGAUUUUGAUAUGUAUUUUCCUUGUACUAUCUUCCUUGUCAGUUUUACCAUUAUGUGAUGUGAGAUUCUCUGCAUUUCCCGCUGUCCAUUUUCACAUUGUGUUGGGACUGCCCUUGUUCUAUCAAACCAUAUCCUAACUUGGAUUACCUUAGGGCCGCGAUUGUUUGGCCGGAAUCCAUGAUUACGUUGGGGCCGCGAUUGUUUGGCCGGAACCCAUGACUGGAGUGGGAGUUGGUUUCUCAUUCUACAGCGCCGAAGUGUAAUGUUUGUUUAAAUAUAACAGGAAAUGGUGUCGGUUUCCCGUUCCAGUAAAGUGCGAUUCGCCAUUUGGAGUUUGCAGGUCUCAAAGCUGGAAAGUGAAAGUGAAAACUCAAUGGGGCAUUUUCCUAAUGCAUGGUUCAAUUGAACUGCCGCGAUGUUAUCCGGAAGGACCAAAAUUGCUCCAUGAAUACUGUGAUCUUGCUGUAACUAGUUUGGAUUAGGGUGUUCAAUGUUUCAACUUGAUCGAACAAAGAAACAGUUGAAGGCU